AUGAUGGUUUUGUUGCAGCAGGUACAAACCGUGACUAAGAAACCGGUGGAGACGUGGACUACUCGCCUGGGCUCGGGGAGGGGCCACGAGAGAAUGUCCUGCUUUGCAAUGUGCUGUCGUUUUUCGGCCACGCCCCCCGCCGAAACGCUCCUAGAAACCCCGCCCCUCGGGAAGCCAUCUUGUCCAGCGCGUCGUCUGGGACUACGUUUCCCAGAAGCCCCCUCGGCUUCUCGCGGGGGUUUGGGGGAGGGAGGAAGUCGCGCGCUGGCAGGACCUCGGCGCCCGGCUGGCAAGUGCCGCCGAAGUGCGGCGGAGGAGGCGGGCGGGGAAGGCCCGGGUGCGGAACCCGGAGGAGGGCGGGGCGGGCAUCGAGCCCGGGCUUUGUGCGGCGGCGGGAGCAGAAGCCGGAGCUGUGCGGUGAGCGUGCGGCCGGCGAUCGAGCCCCGCUGGAGGGGGCUGGACGUGGCGGUGAGCACCGUGGUGGUGAUGGUGGUGGUGGUGGUGGUGGUGGUGGUGGGGCGAGCUGGGCGAGCACAAGAGCUGCGGAGAGGGACUGCGCCUGUCAAAGCCAUGGCUCAGCACGGCUUUGUCUGCAGUACGUGGUUGUCCCUCCAGGUGUCAGUGCUUUUCCGCGAUGUGUACAUCGAGUUCUCUGAGGAGGAGUGGCAGUGCCUGACUGAGGAGCAGAGGGACCUGUACAGAGACGUGAUGCAGGAGAACUGCAGCCACCUGCUGUCCAUGGUCCUGGAAUCAAGAUGUGAGGCCCAGAAAUUAUUUUUUAAGAAGGAACUUUACGAGAUAGAGUCAACGCACUGGGAGAUCGUGAGGAAACUCACGAGACAGGACGCCCAGCGCGCUCAUCUCAGCCUCGCCUGGGAGAGACAGCUGGGUGAGCGGGUAAUCGGAGACGCGCCCCCUCUCGGCCCGGCCCCACCCUUCUGGCUGCAGCACAUCAUUAGGAAGAAAGAGGAGCUCUGGGCAAGGGAGGAGAACGGGACACGCUACCCACUCGGCUCACAGCGCACUGCCCAUCAAGUCUUCCGUGCCGUCGAGAGGCCGUACGCAUGCAAGGACUGCGGCAGGACCUUCAGGCACCCCUCGGGCCUCACGCACCACCACAAAAUCCACACAGGGAGGAAACCCUUUGAGUGUAAGGAGUGCGGGAAGACAUUCAUCUGUGGCUCGGACCUCACACGCCAUCACAGGAUCCACACGGGCGAGAAGCCCUACGAGUGCAAGGACUGCGGGAAGGGCUUCAGCAGCGGCUCCAAUUUUACCCGACAUCAGAGGAUCCACACGGGCGAGAAGCCGUACGAAUGUAAGCAGUGCGGGAAGGCCUUCAGCAGCGGCUCCAAUUUUACUCAGCAUCAGAGGAUCCACACGGGAGAGAAGCCGUACCAGUGUAAGGCGUGCGGCAAUGCCUUCAGUCAGAGCUCACAGCUCAUUAAACACCAGAGGAUCCACACGGGAGAGAAGCCCUACGGCUGCAGGGAGUGCGGGAAGGCCUUCCGCUCUGGGUCUGACCUCACCAGACACCAGAGGAUCCACACUGGGGAGAAGCCCUACGGGUGCAAGAUCUGUGGGAAGGCCUAUUCUCAGAGCUCGCAGCUCGUCAGCCACCACAGGAGUCACGCCGGGAAGGCGGCCUGCCCGCACGAGGGCUGCGGGAAGAGCUUCACCUUUGACUCACAGCCUCCUCCGCAUCCGAGCUUAUACUGCUGCUAA